CGUGACUCUUCCUCCAACUGCAUCUCUACCUGAGCUUUUGAAGAACAGCGAAAACUGUUGAUCCCUGCUUUCAACAUGUCUUCCUCUGCACACUGUACCGGGUCCAACUUCCCUGGGCGCCUGGAAAGCCCCAUCUGUAGCUCCAAUGCUGAGCAAGAUGACCACCGUCUUCCCAAGUUUGAGGACUUUGGGGAGGCUGUGGCAAUUCCCCAUGGCCCCUCCAGUGAUGCCACCCUGGAAUGUGUGAGAGUGGACAUGAUGCAAUAUGAGAACAAGAGCAACCACCACUGUCACUUGUACGAAGGCAAAAACAACAUUCUCAUCGUCCGCAGAGCCCAAGAGUUUCAGAUGACCCUCCAGUUCAACCAGCCCGUAAAUCCCAGUGACAAAUUCCAGAUUGAGUUUUACAUUGGUAUCAAUACCUACGUGUUGAAUGGCACAAAGAUCAUCAUCUCCUUUGACGGCUCACAAACUGGGAAUUGGACCGGCCGCAUGAUACAGCAACAAGGGGAGGAGUGCGUGGUGGGCAUCACCCCUUCUGCAGACGCCAUCAUCGGGAAGUACUACACGAGUGUGGCGGUCAUCGGGUCCAAUGGAAUCUCAAGGACACAAAAGGACUCUGGAACAGACUUCUACCUCCUGUUCAACGCCUGGGCGUCCAAUGAUGAAGUGUACAUGCCCAAUGAGGAAGAAAGGCAGGAGUAUGUGAUGAAUGAAAAUGGCUACAUAUACCAGGAGGAAUCAGGUGAUGGAAGACAAUGGUAUUAUGGUCAGUUUGUGGAAGGGAUUCUUGAUGCCUGUAUCAAAAUCUUGGAUGACUCACACAUGCCUCUAGUAAACAGAGGCGAUGCUGUCAAAGUCUGCAGGAUAGGCUCUGCAAUGAUGAACUCCCAGGAUGACCGCGGGGUCUUGGUGGGCAACUGGAGCGAUGACUACUCCCUUGGCACUGCACCAACCUUCUGGAUUGGCAGUGACCAGAUCCUGCUCCAGUACGUCAACAAAGGGCCCGUCAGCUUCGCCCAGUGCUGGGUCUACGCCGGGACGUUCAACACCUUUCUGCGGUGUCUGGGCAUCCCUGCCAGGGUGAUCACCAACUUCAACUCUGCCCACGACAACACAGGGAACAUAAUCACAGAUCUCGUCUUCAACUCAGUGGGAAAUGUACUUGAACUGAACGAGCGCCUUACCAGAGACUCAAUCUGGAACUACCACUGCUGGAAUGAGGCUUACUUGUCCAGACUUGACCUCCCUGCAGGCCAGAACUUUGGUGGCUGGCAGGUGGUGGAUUCAACCCCCCAGGAAACCAGUGAUGGAUAUUUCCGCUGUGGACCUUGCUCUGUCAAAGCCAUCAAGGAAGGAAUGCUUGGCUAUCAAUUUGAUGCCCCGUUUGUGUUUGCUGAGGUGAAUAGCGACGUUUACAAAUACAAGCUAAACUCACAAACUGGGAAAACUGAGUUACUAAGCGUAGACACAACUUAUGUCGGCAUGAAAAUCCUGACAAAGUCCAUUGGUGGAAACAAUUAUGCGCCAAUGGACAUUACAGGGACGUACAAAUACCCAGAAGGUAGUAGUAAAGAUGAGGAGACCAUGAGGAAUGCCGAGAGAACCUACAAGACGCAUUUGCAAUAUGACGAUGAGCAGGGCGUGGCGAUGACGCUGGAGAUCCCGCAGGAGCGUGUGAAGAUUGGCCAGAACUUCCAGAUGGCUGUGGUCUUCAGGAACCUGAGUGAAGACACACGCACCAUCCAUGGCUUCCUGGUCGGCUCCACGAUCUACUACACCAACAUCCAAAGGGCUCAGUUCAAGCAGGAGACCUUUGACGUCACUCUGAAACCCAUGGAGACGUCGAGGAUACAGGUGGUCGUGCUGGCCCAGAAUUACAUGCCCAAGCUGGGUUGCCAAUCCAGCCUCCGCUUUGUGGUGACGGCCAAGAGCAUGGAGAACAACCAGGACUUGAUGGCCAUACAGAUAGUGAACCUGAAAGGCCCCGAGUUGGCCUUUGCGAUGAGUGGACCAGCGAAGGUGAACCAGGAGGUAUUUGUCAAGGUGGAGUUCACCAACCCGUUCCCAUUCAGCCUGCAUGACGUGAAGAUGGCCAUGCAAGGGCCUAAUUUCAUCUCGUACCGGGAAAAGUUGUACAGUGAGAUCGCUACCGGCACCUCCAUCACCUGGAUGGAGUCCUCUGUCCCUACGAGGUCUGGGAAUACAAUGAUCUAUGCUGUCCUGGACUGCUCGGUCCUUGGAAAUGUGCAAGGCAAUUGGGCCAUCGGCAUCCAGGCCUGAUAAUCGCACAGGAAGCCCUUCCCACCUGCUAAUCGCCUGCCAUCGACCGGAGAACCAUGGACGAAUAGAGGCUCUUGUAUAGAUCUGAAAGGAUUUGAUUACUGGAUAAGCAAUUCCAUCUAGCCUAUGAGAAGGUGAGGGCGAGCAAAUAACAUACCCCUUACGGAAAAAACACAUGAUUCACAGGUGAAAUUUCCUCCUGGGAAAUCAUGUGCAACCAUGUUUUUUUGGAACACUGAAGUUUACAUGUGGAUUUUACAUGUGAUCACAUAACCUUUCACGUGAAUAUUUUUCAAAUGAGAUUCCACAGAUGAUGCCCUGCAAACAAAAUUAAGUCGUUAGGAUACACACAAACAGUUAUUUUAGUGUUUUCAAUGUACAUUUUUGACAUACAUAAUUACAUUGUGUAUGUUUAUUUAUACAGUAAUUAUUAUUCAACACGUCCUCAGCUGGGUUUUGAACUCACAAACUCUUGGUUCAGAGCAUCCCGACCUUCCUGCUACACCAUCACGUCGGUGUCAAUUACAGAUUGAACCUGUAUUCGUACACUUUGGGUUUAAGUAAAGUAAAUAUCAGCUUUGUUAAAAAUACACUAUUAUAAAAAACGAUUAUAGUUAUCAUAGUGAUUCAGGAGUAACAUUAAAACAGAAUAAUAUCCCCCACAAACAGUAGACAACUAUUCAGAAAACUAUACUUAUUCUGAAAUAACUAUGAAAUCUAUGGUGAGAGAAUAAUAAGAUGAACUAAAAUAGAAGUGCAGAUGGCACUCUUUUGCUAAGUGCAGACAUGUAUUAUAGAUAAUGAAUGUGUAUAGGAAUGCUAUAGACUUUGAUGGGCAGCAGAAAGAUCAGCGUAACCCAGAAGUUGUCAAUUCUAAUCCCAGGUGGGGUCAUAUUGAAAAGUCACUACUAAGUGAUCAUGUCAAAUGUAAUCAUGUUGUCAUUGAUUAAAUAUUUUGUACACUAUUUUAGCUGAAUAGUGUACCAUUUACUUUAAAACCCACAUAUCAUUUGAUCCCCUUACACAAAAAUACAUGCAAAAUCACAUUUUCACAUGUGAAGUACCUGAAAUUUUCACAUAAAAAAAAAAGACGAGGUCAGUUCUUCACAUAUGAAACCACAUGUUCACAUGUAUUCACUUUAAAGUUCACAUGUUAACACCACCUUUUCACAUAUGAGGAGAAUAACAUGUUUUCACCUCACGUGGAAUUUGUUUUUCACGUGUGAAAACGUUCACAUAGGAACAUCUAACUCUCAAAUGUGUAGUUUCAUGGUAUCGUACGUAGAUAUUUUGCAUCCUCAUGUUGUCACAUUUAUUUCACGAGAUCAUGUUUUCGCAUGUGUAGUUUCAUGUUAUCAGAUGUUGCUUUUACAUGUUGUCACAGAUGUUAUCACAUGUGAAAUGUAUGUGAUUUUUCUGUAAGGGAUUGCUUACACCGAUAAGAUUUGUUACAGAAAGGGCUAGGGGCUAGGAGUUGAUUUGGAAUUGGGCAGAAGAGGGAG